UUGAAUGAAGUCAGUAUAAAAUAGAAUCUUAAGCACCUAGUCUCUUAUACGAGAAGAGAAGCAUGCGAGAAAAUUAUACAAACGAAGCUGAUAUGAAGCUUAUAAAAACCAGAUAGUAUAUACAUUGAAUCGUAACUGAUAGGUAUUCAUAUUGUAGUCCUUUUUAUUCCGCCAUCUUGAAUUUGAACUUCAAGAAAGUCACACUUUACACCCACUGAUAUGUAACGAUCCGCAUGGUCACAUUGCAGCAUAUACCGAAGCACAUUUCUAGAAGUUUCCGUGAGCGUAAGAUAUCCAGAAAGUUACGUACAGAGUUCCUGCUCUUCUAUUCCGUUUCGAAAGAAAUGGCUAAAUGGGGAGAAGGAGAUCCUCGAUGGAUAGUUGAGGAAAGACCUGAUGCUACAAAUGUUAAUAAUUGGCAUUGGACUGAAAAAAAUGCAUGUGCUUGGUCUCAAGAAAAAAUUAAAGAACUGUUUAAAGAUGUUAUUAUUGAAAGAGAUGGAUUUAAAUGUAAAAUAAUGGAAAUUGAGAAAUGUGAAGGAGAAGCAGUAGCAAAUAAUAGGAAAGGAAAAUUAAUUUUUUUUUAUGAAUGGAAUAUUUGUCUCAAAUGGGUAUCUCUGAAUACAGAAACAGAAAUUAAUGGAAAAAUUAAUAUACCAAACUUGUCAGAAGAAAAUGAAAUUUCUGAAAUAGAUGUUGAAGUUAUACUCAAUACAAAUACAGAUGAAGGGGAAAAAUUUAAACAUUUUUUAUAUACAAAAGGUAAAGAUAUAAUUAGAGAAAAGUUAGCAAAAUAUGUAUCAAGUUUAAAAGAAGAAUUUACCAAAGGAAUGAUCCUUCCUAAAAAAGAUGGCAUUGAAAAUAUUUCUAAUAAGACAACAAGAUUUAAUCGAAAUACCCCCACGAAUAUAAUUAUAGAAUCAUAUGAUUCGAAAGCUAAUAACUACAUAGUACAAACAACAACGAUAAAACAACAAUUAAAAUUUAUGUGCAGUGGAACAGAAUUUUAUAAAGUCAUGACGAUACCAGAGUUUGUGAUGGCUUUUACAAAAGGUCCUGCAAAACUUUUUGCAGAAAAAGGGGGACAGUUCGAAUUACUGUGUGGAGUUAUUACUGGAGAAUUCGUUGAUCUUACACCAACAAAAAUAGUACAGAAAUGGAGAUGCAAAUCAUGGCCAGCAGGUCAUUAUAGUGAAGUAACUAUGGAUAUAGUUGAAAGACACGACCAUACUGAAGUUAAUGUAACUCAAACAGCAGUUCCUAUAAA